AUGUCGUGGACUCAAUUCAUUGAUCUUCUUGGUACAAAUAUCACAAGUGCCGGUAUUUUCAGAUUUGAUGGCGAAAGCCUCGCAGCAACUAAAGAUUUUUCAAUAACUCCAGAAGAAACAGUUAAAUUGCUCGAUAUGUAUAAUAAAGGCUCAGCUUUCCUUUCAGAAACAUUCACGUUUAAAGGUGUAGAAUAUUCUAUUCUUCGUGCCGACAGUGAAAACAUUCAAAUGCGUUAUCACUCUGCAGGUUUGAUGGUUUCUAAAUGCAAAUCAUGCUUUAUUUUCGCAUACCAUACUGAUAGAGUUCAGGCUCAAAACUGUUAUGAGGCAGUUGUUCAUGUUGCAAAUAUUUUACGUUCUUACGGAUAUUAA